AUGAUACUAACACAGGAAGGAAAUCCACUUGACGAUCUACAUAAGAUGAUUACUUUAACAAGGAAAAAGAUCCAUGGAGUGUUUCACUGUGAUUGCCUGACUAGCCCCUCUGUCGAAGUUUCUCGACGACUGCAAAAUAAUUUUGACGUUAUAGUCACGAUUUUCUGUGUUGAGUACUGCUGUAAUACACUUCAAGAAUACAGAUCAGCGAUAAGGAACAUUGCCGAUCAGGUCAAACCCGGAGGUAUGUAUCGUUUAUACAGGGUGCAGAAUACCCCUUUGAUUCAACGGAAUAGACGGUUGUAA